AUGAUCCCCAAUGGAAGUCCCCAGUAUGUUGGGAUUGUUCAGCUGCUUCAGCAUUUUGGUUGGACCUGGAUUGGCCUGAUUGUUUCAGAUGACGACACUGGAGAAAUGUUCUUGAGGAUUCUCAUUCCUUUGCUGCUGCAGAACAAUAUUUGCGUUGCUUUUAAGGAAAUCAUUCCAGCACUGAAGGAUAUUGUUGAAGUAACAACUGAAUUUAAGAAGCUAUCAGAAAGGAUAAGCUCAAUUCUUUUACCAACUAAAAGCAAUGUGAUUCUUCUUCAGGGAGAUACACGGUCCAUGGAAGCAUUACGAUUUGUGCUUGCAUUAUAUGAACAUGUUGAAACUAAACCAAUAGAGAGAGUUUGGCUCAUAACAGCUCAGUGGGAUUUUGCAUCUGUAGACCAUAGCAAUGCAUUCACACCAAAAUCCUUCAAUGGGACUCUGUCCUUCACACUCCACACAACUGAUGUUUUGGAAUAUGAAGAGUUCCUUGAGAAUUUAAAUCCUAAUCAAUCUAGACUUGAUUUAAUCACAUGGUUCUGGUCGUUUGUAUUUGUGUGCUCAUUGCCCACAUUUAUUUUUCCUGAAGCAAAUACAGUAAACUGUACUGGGGAAGAGAAGUUGAGGAGCCUUCCUGGAAUUGUGUUUGAAAUGAGAAUGUCUGGCCAGAGCUACAGUAUCUACAAUGCAGUUUAUGCUGUAGCACAUGCUCUCCAUGCAAUGUUUUCAUCAAGAUCUAAGCAGAAGGCAAUGGGAGAUGGAGCCAAAUGGAAUCUCUUGAAUAUUGACCCAUGGCAGCUUCACUCCUUUCUGAAACACAUCCGUUUCAACAAUAGUGUUGGGGAAGAAAUAUUUUUUGAUAAAAGUGGAGAGUUGGCAACUGGAUAUGAUGUCAUCAACACAGUUACAUUCCCUAAUAAAUCCAUCUGUAAAGUCCGUGUUGGAAGGAUGGACCCUCUGGCUCCUGAAGGAAAACAGUUCACCAUCAAUGGAAGUGCAACUGUGUGGAAUCACAAGUUUAACCAGACAUUACCCCAAUCCACAUGUGUUGAGCCUUGCCAUCCUGGACACAGCAGGACUGUACGUGAGGGAGAACAGAUUUGUUGUUAUGAUUGUCUUCAAUGCUCUGAAGGAAUGAUUUCUAACAUGACAGAUGCAGCCCAUUGUGACAAGUGCCCUGACGAUCAGCAUCCCAACAAGAAACAUGAUCACUGCAUCCCUAAACGUAUUGUUUACUUAUCAUAUCAAGAGACUUUGGGAAUUAUUUUGGCUUCAACUGCUCUUUUCCUUUCCCUGAUCACACUUGCAGUAAUGGGGAUCUUCAUUCAAAAUCAGAGUACUCCCAUUGUCAAGGCCAACAACUGGAACAUCACAUGCACCCUCCUCACUUCCCUAUUGCUUUGCUUUCCGUGCUCCUUCUUAUUCAUUGGACAGCCUGGGAAAGUGACCUGCCUUCUCCGUCAAACAGUAUUUGGAAUCAUCUUCUCCCUCGCUGUUUCUUGUGUGUUGGCUAAAACCAUUAUUGUGGUUUUGGCCUUCAUGGCCACCAAGCCAGGAAACAGGAUGAGGAAGUGGGUAGGAAAGAGGCUGGCAGUCUCAGUCAUCAUCCUCUGUACUCUUAUUCAAACGGGCAUCUGCAUGGUGUGGUUGGGAAUAUCUCCUCCUUUCCCAGAGUUUGAUAUGCAUUCCCAAUCUGAACAGAUCAUUGUGCAAUGUAAUGAAGGAUCAGUCCUCAUGUUUUAUACUGUUCUGGGCUACAUGGGGCUUCUGGCCAUUGUCAGCUUCACUGUGGCUUUCUUUGCUAGGAGGUUGCCUGAUACUUUUAAUGAAGCCAAACUCAUCACCUUCAGCAUGUUGGUUUUCUGCAGUGUUUGGGUGUCCUUUGUCCCAACCUACCUGAGCACCAAAGGGAAAUACAUGGUGGCCAUGGAGAUCUUCUCUAUUUUGGCCUCUAGUGCUGGAUUGUUGGGUUGUAUCUUCAUUCCAAAACUCUACAUUAUUGUAUUGAGGCCUGACUUGAACACCAAGGAUCAGCUCAUAAGGCAAAAGAAUUAUGGUACCUGA